UCGUGUUGAGCCAUUCUCAGGAGUGAGUGAGGAGGAACCAACAGCUGGAACUUAAAACACUGCCUUUCAUGCCCUGUUUUGCAUUUGGACACUUGUAGAGCAGUUUUUUGGGUGUUUGAGCACAGGACCAGACUCCGGACUCACGAAGACUCACAAAGACUUACGAAGACUUACCUGGUGGAUAUCAGUUCCUGCAACUGCUCAUUGCAACAUAACAAAAGCCAGUUUCUCAUCAUCACCACACUCGCAGGCGGGCUCCAAUUUCUGUGCUGUGAAAUUGAAUCAGAGGAACGGAGCGGCAACACAGCGGGGGCUUUGUGUCCCUGCAAGUGAAACACUAACCAGCUGAAAAUAUCAAAGACCAUCCUGGACAAAGACUUCCUCUCAAUCCUCCAUUGUUUAGUCUGAUAUUUGCUCUUGGAGAAAAGUGAUCAAAAGCUGCACGGCAGAGGGGACCAGACACCAGGGACCAGACUCCAGGGACCAGACACCAGGGACCAGACACCAGGGACCAGGACUGCGUGCAGGUGCCAGGGGCUGCCAUGGUGCGUGGAGCAGGAGCUCCAUCCUGCAGGGGCCUGUGGGUGUUUGGCACCCUAUCACUGGUGGCGCUGUGCUGGUCGGACCAGGCCAUCCGCUGUCCGGUGUGCUCUGAGGAGAGACUGGCUCGGUGCCGUUUGCCCGAAGGCUGCGAGGAGACGGUGCGGGAGCCGGGCUGUGGCUGCUGCCCCACCUGUGCUCUGCCUAAAGGUGCACACUGUGGCGUCUACUCACCCCGCUGUGGCACGGGCCUCCGCUGCUACCCUCCGCGGGGUGUGGAGAGACCACUGCACUCGCUGAUGCAUGGACAGGGGGUGUGCACCGACGAGCGCGAGCUGGAGGAGAACUCAGUGUAUUGUUCUACAGCGAUGGACAGACAGGAGGAGAUCAUCCCCGAGCAUCCGAACAACAGCAACAUCCGCUGCAGUCCACAAGACAAGCGCUGCAUACAGAAGACGCUGGCCCGACAUCCCCCGAAAUCCACAAACCAGAGAAGCAACGCUGCCAGGGAGGAGACCAAAGCCGUGCUGGCUCCAUGUCGUGCUGAGCUACAAAGAGCUUUGGACAGACUGGCAUCAAAUUCUCGCACACACGACGACCUCUUCACAAUCCCCAUCCCCAACUGUGACAAGAACGGAGAUUUCCACGUAAAACAGUGUCACCCGGCACGUGAUGGUCAGCGUGGAAAGUGCUGGUGUGUGGAUCAGAAGACGGGCAUGAGGCUGCCGGGGCCGCUGGAGCAGCGAGGGGAUCUGGACUGCCACCAGUUAAUGACUGCCACGCUGAGGGAUUAAAGACGAGGAGGUGCAGGAGCAGCUGAAUUCUACUGGUGCUCAUUAGUAGAACUACGUGAGGGAAGGACUUCACCCUCAAGUCUCGCUUAAGCUAAGGCCAGCGGUACUUGACCUUGCGCAACAAAAAGGAAACCAUUGAAUUGAGUUCUUUAGCUAUUUGUAUGUUUCUGUGUGUGACAGUAUGUGAUUUCUGAGUGUUUUCAGCACUUGAUGUGUAUUAUUUCUAAUUUGUAAACCUGAGACCAUUAGUCUUUAGACACAUGCGCUUUAAAGUAACACGUGGCAGAAAAUGAUGAGGGAUGUAGUCGUGAGUUUCUGUUUAUUUUCUUUAUAACUUCAGUGUAGUGUGUUUUGUUUUUAAAGUGACGUGAAAACUCAUCGAACCCACCAGAGAGUCAGACCUGACUGUCUUUUUAUAUUUCUUUUAUUCUCUCUGGAGCAACUUGAUCCGUGACAAUCCAACGCGAUUAAAGUGAAAGGAUUGUUCACUAGAUUAUUCACAAAUGAUGUGUACAUGGUCAUAAUGUGUUUUUUUGAUAUGGUCAAAACACACCAGAAACUGCGUUUGCGAGCACAAGGUCUAGUUUAGUGACAACACAUGUAGCAAUAAUGGAUCAGUGAAUGAGGGAUACACUUGUUUCUGUUUUACAACAAACCAAAUUGAAGUCUUAGAAUCUUCGCCGGUCUCGUGAUUUGGUGACGAUUGUCCCGUCAACACUUUCCACACUGCACCACGACUGACUCACUUCAAUGACAAAAUGUCAGGCUAUGUCGAUUACUGCUUCCCAAACUUUAAAAUGACGAUAUUCUCAAAUGUCUAAUUUCGUCCACAAACCAAAAUCAAUCAGUAUUAUUGAUUUAUUUGGUAUAUGGAGCAAAGUAACCAGAAAUGUUCCCAUGUAAGAAGCUUAAAAAAACAAAAACAAAACAAAAAAACACUCAAACCAAUUGAAUCAAUUAAUUUAGCAAUUGAUAAAGAAUCUAGUAAUCUCUGUAGCCCUAAUUGCGUCCUCAAUUUUCUAUAUUAGCUCACAUGGCAGUCAGAUUAAUAUGAAUUUAAACAUUUAUUUCACAAUGAAACGGAAAUAUUCAAAACCAAUAUUUCUGCCGUCGAGCUGUAGCUUCUACAAACUGGAAAAUCAACAAACAAUGUUUCAUGUCGUCACCGCGAUGCAUCAAGUUUCAACACCCCUGAAACCCCACGCCUUAAAUAUGAAAGGAAAAAGACCAAAGUAUCCGUACGCAGUAUCAUUACAGAACUGAAGGAGCUCUGCUGAUAGGAUCAUCAGAUUUGCAUGAAUAUCUUUCACUUCUCUGCAAAUCUUUGGUGCUAUAUUCACUGAUUGUGCCAAAAAAACUUUUUGGGGCAUAGUUAAAGAUUGGAGAAGCAUGAGAUUUCUUUGAGAGUCUGUGACUGUCUGUUGACAUAAAGCUUUCAUUAUGCUCACUGUCAAAAUGUGAAAGUGAGGCCGCUUGCCAUUUGUAGUUUGAACUCCAAAUAAUAGAAAUACGAGGUCAUGGGACGAUGGAACUCGCAGCAACCUCACAUACCGAGAUGGCUGCCACUCUACAAACGCUGCAACUUUUAACAUUAAUAGCACUUCUGUCGUAGUCGUUUCUCAGUUCAUCAGUCGCACACACAGUACUGUUCAACUGUUGCACAAAAUACCACAUGUUGUUAUCCACUGGUAUUUCUAACAACGCUCGUCCAUGGUUUCUUUUCUCUCUGGCACACAGUGAACUCGGAGGCGAGGUCACUCCCAGCUCCGACUUGUGGGUUCUGAUGUAGGUGGAACGCAGCUGCAUGUCCCUCACCUCACUCCUCUGUUCAAAGUGUGUUAGAGAACAUAUGUAGUGAGCAUCCAAAUGCACGCGCAAAGCCACGCCUCGCACAGAUUGGGUUUCCACUACAGAUCGUUGUUUUAUGUGACAACAGCAGCAUCACAGGACCAACCAGCCCGAGGGUGGGUUAGGACUUUUAAAGUGGAAGCUUAUUUCAUACAAAUAGAACAUUGUUUGACACACUUGGGAAGAAAGGGGUGAGCAGAAAAGUCCUCCAUUUGUUUUACCAUUAUAUGUCACUAAUUAUUACAGACUGAACCUUUAAAUACAGUCAGAUAAAAUGGGAUCAUGAGGAAUUCUGACCCAGUUGACGACAGAAAUGUGACAAAUGUCUCCUGUGAUCACGAGUCCGUCUCUCAGUGUAUCCUGAAGGUGCAAAAACUCAACAAAAAGUAAACACAAGUGCUCAUCUAUAGACGCAUCUUACAAUUCAAACUGACAUCAAUAUUAGGGACGGCCUUAGUGCCCGAUAAGAUAAGAUGAUAUCACAACCUGAAGCAUUUACUGAAACAAUAUCAGCUUAGCUGGUAAAACAACAUCCAUGCUGAUGCAUUUAAUAACUACCUAUAAGCAGCCAUUUAAAACAUAACAAACAACAUUACGCUCCAUCUGCAAGGCAGACAUUUGCAGCGUCUCUCGGGUCCUUGUCACACGAUUAAUCUUUAUUAGUCAAGAAAUUCUGUCAUACUUUGAAUCUAUGGAUGGUAUCUUAUAUUACAUUUAACUUCUUCCAACAUGUGGUCCAGUUAUUUUGGCCAGUAUCAGACUGAUACCAAUACCGAGUACCGUAUGGGCUCAUCCCUCGUCCUUACAGGUCACGUUUCUCUGUUUCUAAGUUGGCCAAAAAAAUCCUCUGUUAGUAAGAAAAACAACACACUGCCAGAAAUGUCAUGUAAUCUAAUCUCUGAAGCCAUGGUCAAUUUAUAGCAUUCACCACAGGCUCAGUUUGAUCACCCGAUGAACAAAAACUCUUUCCAAAGGUCGAACACCAAAAACAGACAAACAGAGAGUCAGUGCUACAGCUUCUGAAAUAUCAAAAACCAAAGAAUUCCAAAGACGACAAAGAAUAAAGACAUGCACACAACUGGUUUACUGCACAGUCCUAUCUUAUCAUUCAUCAACUAAUUCAACUAAUGAAGUGUCACCAAACACAUUUUUUUUUUUUAUUAAAAGGCCCUCGAACGACAUAAGUUGUGUAUUUAAGCUAUAGCUAUUACUGCUUGAUUUCUAACUUCACUGUACUGACCUGUAAUUGCAUUUCUCCAGAAUAGACUGUUCCAAUGUAACUUUGAUGUUAUCUGUUAAUGUGUAGAAGAUGUGAAGUAACGUCUGCAUGCAUUCAAAAACGGACCGGGGUCUGGGAACGGCUGAGCUCUUGUGUGUAUCUCGUCCACAGCAGGACAGUUACAGUAUAUUCAAACACUGACCUGAUCAAAGAACUGAAAUAUAGUUUCAACCAAUGAAAUAAUCAGCUACAUUGUACAUGUUUACCUGAUGAAAAUGUAUACAUUGUAAUAAAUCCAUUAAAACACUUUGGUAACUA